AUGAAACGAGGUUAUCAGCAAUCUUCCCCCUCGGGCUCUCAUGGACCCCCUCAAUCCAAACCCAGAUAUAACCCUGAAGGGGAUGCAUAUUUUUUGGAGGAUGAAAGCACUAAGAUUUUUGCGAGGAAGGUGGCUGAUCAUUACAGUGCAAGGACCAAUCAGACGCUAGAAGAGCGAGAAGCAAGCCCUAUAAUUCAUUUGAAGAAACUCAACAACUGGGUAAAGAGUGUUUUAAUUCAGUUAUAUGCCAAAAAAGGAGAUGCAGUUCUUGAUCUCGCUUGUGGGAAGGGUGGUGAUCUUAUCAAAUGGGAUAAAGCAAAGAUCAGUUAUUAUGUCGGCAUUGAUAUAUCAGAUGGCUCGAUAGAGGACUGUCGAACUCGUUAUAAUGGUGAUGCUGACCAUCAUCAGCGUCGAAAAAAGUUCUCAUUUCCUGCCAGACUCCUGUGUGGAGAUUGUUUUGAGGUACGCUUGGAUAGAGCUUUGGCAGAUGAUGCUCCCUUCGACAUUUGUAGCUGCCAGUUUGCCUUGCAUUAUUCAUGGUCUACUGAGGCACGUGCGAGGCGGGCAUUGGCCAAUGUAUCAGCUUUACUUCGACCAGGAGGCAUCUUUAUUGGAACUAUGCCAGAUUCCAAUGUUAUCAUCAAAAAGCUUAGAGAAGCUGAGGGUUUGGCGUUUGGUAACAGUGUGUACUGGAUAAGGUUUGGGGAAGAAUUUACGGAGAAGAAAUUUAAGUCUUCAAAUCCUUUCGGCAUCCAGUACAGUUUCCACCUAGAGGAUGCUGUUGAUUGUCCUGAAUGGAUUGUUCCCUUUCCUGUCUUCAAAUCAUUAGCAGAAGAGUAUGAUUUGGAGCUGGUUUUUGUAAAAAACUUCCAUUUGUUUGUGGAUGAAUACUUGAAGAAACCAGAAUUUGUUGAGCUCAUGCGGAGGCUUGGUGCAUUGGGUGAUGGUAACCAAGACCAGAGUACUCUGUCACCGGAUGAAUGGGAGGUAGCCUACUUAUAUUUGACAUUCGUUUUGAGGAAGCGGGGGCAACCAGAUCAACCAAGAACGAGCAGUAGACGAGACAGAGGGAAGAUGCAGUUGUCGAAGGAAGACAUUACAUUCAUAAGAAAUGGUGUUUGA